GUUCGCCGGGUGUGCGAUUGGCUCAGGGCGCCGUUAUAAAGCUCCCUCGUAGGCACGCGCCCCUUUCCCUCCCCGGCGGCCCAAGGUGCUGUGUCCUUCAGCUGAAGCUAAGGCCGUUCCACCCCGGCGACUGGCACCGCGCCCCCACCAUGGCCUCCGUCUCUGAGCUCGCCUGCAUCACUCCGCCCUUCAUCCUGCACGACGACGAGGUCACCGUCACGGCUCUAGCCAAUAUCGACAUCGGCAGCCUCAUCUGUAACGUAGGAGCUGGUGGUGGUGGUGCUCCAGCUGCAGCUGCUCCUGCUGGUGGUGCUGCGCCUGCGGGUGGUGCUGCCCCUGCUGAGGAGAAGAAAGAAGAGGAAAAGAAAGAAGAAUCGGAGGAAUCCGAUGAUGACAUGGGCUUCGGUCUUUUUGACUAAUGAGUUUUGUACCUGCCUGUAAUAAAGAACAUUUAAAUGUA